UGCCUCCAUGGCGACUGGCGACAUGCCUCUGUAGUUUCCUCACCCUCUCCGCCCAGCAUCAAAUCUUCCCAAUCCCUCUAAAUCUCAAUCAAUCCCUUCUCCACACCUCAAUCCUCAACUACCUCUUCCUCUCAAACCAGAUCCCCAACCCCUCUCCCCUCCAACCUUUUUCUUUUCAACAGGAUCUGAUGGAAGAAGACCAACAGAAAGAUGGAGAAAAAGAGAAAGAUCUACAAGGCCGAGUAGGAACAGAGCAAAUCCCGGAUUUAGCGAUGACUCUUCAAGCAUUAAGCCUAGCAGAGCCAGGGCUGUGCCAAAUCCAAGACAACCAGAUGACAAGAGAAGAAGAGCUGGAUUUCUCUUUCUGUCUUCUCAUGAAGAUUGCCUGCACGGGAGGUACACCAAGGAAAAUAUCACAACAGGCGGUUGAACAAUCCAUGGCAAGAGCGUGGAGAGACAGAUUCUAUGCUAUAUCUCAGGUAUCAAAUACGGUUUUUAUGGCCCAUUUUAGAUCCCAGGAAGACAUGAUUUCAGUUUAUACUGGGCAGCCUUGGGUGAUGAACACUGAUAAUUUGCUGAUUGACUGGUUUGACUCAAUUGACAAUGCAAACUCUAGCAGCGAUUACAAAUUUGAUACUAUUCUUGUCACUGUUAGAGCUUAUGGUAUUCCCAGAUUUAGAAGAUCUCAACGCCUUUUAUCCAGUAUCUUGAAUCAAGUGGGGACAGUGUCAGAAUUCCAUAUUUUACAAGAUAACAAUCUCUAUGCCAAACAAGAUUAUAUCUGGGGGACAGCAAAGAUGAAAGUGAACAGCCCCGUUAAAGACAGAGUAGUUCUCACAUAUGCGGAUAAUUCAUCUGGGCUUGCUUAUCUUCAUUAUGAAAAGAUCAAAAGAAUUUGUCUCUUUUGUGGCAUUAUGUUUCACAGCAUUCAGAAUUGCAACUUAAGAAACAGCCUGAUUGCAGAAAUAUCCAAGAACAAGCAAACGGGUCCUGAAAUCCCCUCUCAUAGAUUUGGGCAAUGGAUAAAUGAUGAAAAGUACAUUCCAGUGGAGGUGAUUCAGAACACAACAAUAGGCAGCACAGGUAUGAAUCAAACAAGCAAUGCAAUUCUUGCUAGGCUGCAGAAAUUAUUUGCCGAUGAUCCAAAAGGGAAAGGGAAAAUUGAUGCUACAGCUGAAGAACAGAGGAACAGAGCAAACAUCAGCUAUCAAAGGGGUUUUUGCCCAAGCAAUGAAGGAGUCAGAAUUGGUCAGCUUUCUUCGGUCAGAGAGAACCUUUUGCACAGACCACUUCCACUCUUAGAGUGGCAAAUUGGUGACCAGGGCUUGCAUGCGCGACAGUUCACCCUCCAACAGAGCCUGACUCAACAACAUGAACAAGGAAUGAAUUUGGCUAUUAGAGGCUUUACUGGAGGGGAAGGAACCUCUUCCCAGUUGUAUACGGCCGCGACACUUCCGAUGAACCAAGCAACAAACUUGCAGCACGAGGCACUUUUGGGCCAGCAAAGUGGCCAAAGAAUUACAGCACAGUCCAGGAUGCACAUUCCUCCAGCUCAAGGUCAGCGAGUGGGACAACCUAACAUUUUGACUUCAAACCCGGAUACCGCCCUUCGGGAACACAGCCAAUAUCCAUCCCUUCCAUCUCGAAACUCCCCUAUGCAAGAACUGAACCCCCAUCAAACCCCUCUGGCCACAACCACACUACCCCUUCUUGAAACCAGGGAUCCUUGUGCGCAACUUCAUUACCACGCCCCAUCUAAACCCGAGCAGCCACCACUCCUCUUUGACUCCACCCAUGUCCCAGUUGCAAGCACUCUCCAAAACUCUAACCCCAAACGCCCAGCCCCAAAUCCUAAUCCCAGCUCGCCGCCCCUAGCCAAGCGCCAAGAAGGAUUCGAUGGAGCUCCCAGCCAGCCGGCGCAACAGAUCCCUUCUAGUGACCUCAACAUCAAUCAACAGAUGCAUCCUGCUGAUGAACAGCCGCUCUGCUCAAAGAGCGUUGCCUCUGAACAAUCUCGAGGCGCCGCUGGUGCAAAUCACCCUUUAGAGGCUGAGGCUGGACUCGGAAUCCUCGGACCAGGACCAAGAGGAGGAGGAAGCGGGGGAACCAUAGCAAGAGGAGGAGGGCCAACAGAUCUCAUGGAGACAGCCAUUGGAGCCAGAGUUGCUAGUCCAGAGGGCCGAGCUCGCCGUCGGCCUAGUGGAUGGGAUGUGGAGGAUUCCCCCCAAACUGGUGCUCACGUCACAUCUUCUGUGGGGAUUACUCACUAUCAGUAUGGCUCUGCCACUUGGAAGCGUCUCAGAGUCCCUAAUGAGCCGGGGCAAGGCGGGCCUCAUCGCCGAGACAGGGGUGUAUAUUUGGGAUCGGGGGUGCAUCCCUAUUCUCCAUCGCCUCGCAGAUCGCCUUCAAGGAUCGGUAUGGGCAGUUCAGCCGAAUAUACUCCAUGGCCGCUUGAUCCUGUAUCACCAUCUCCAUCCUCUGGCACUCAGGACUCGCGCAUUGGAGCUUUCUCGCCUCCUCAGGUGGCUCACGAUUACUAUGUGGCUCCGGAUGUUGCUAAUGUCGCUGCUGGUCCAGGAGGUCAGGAAGAAGUUGGAAGUCAAAUUCAACAUGGAAACGAUUAUGGGGACAUGCAAGCUGAUGGUCUACAAAGUGGUACAAUUGGGACCAUGGAAUCUACUGAUGAGGCUAUGGCGCCAGCCUUUAAGGCGCCACGGGCAUCAUGAAGGCCUUAGGAUGGAACUGCCAAGGCAUGGGCAAGAGCCUCGGCAGUCCUAAAAUGUGCCAUCUUGCCAACAUGAUCCACGCAACAAAAGCUCAGUCUUGUAGUGCCUUCUCGAAGACGCUCGGGGGGGCUUUGGCUGAUGUGGACAGAUCAUCUUCAAGUUAAUGUUCAUAGCUUUAGCUGCCAUGUUAUCCUAGCUACUGUUCUAAGUAGAAGUAGUAACCAGAAGUUUGGCUUGGUGUGUAUAUAUGGCGACCCCUAUCACCGUAACACUAGUAUGAUAUGGGAUCAAGUAGCCUCUUUUGUCUAUGACAAUGCUAGCAUGCCUGUGAUGUGUAUGGGGGAUAUGAAUGAGCUUUUGUAUGACAUGGAUAAGAACUCUAUAAAUAUUAACCGUUCACGUAUGAAUGCC